AUGGACAGUGAUAAUGGCGAAGAGAAUGCGGCCUCUCCAUUGGAAACCCUCAACGAUGAACGGCACCGAAGCCGAUCCCCACUGGAAACGGUAGCCGAGGAAGCGGAAGGGUAUCAACCCAUUCCGGUAACACCGCAAACGGUAUGGAGUUCGUAUCCGCUUCUGGUAGAGGACAGCACCAGGGUCCUGCUGGCACCGUCGCUCGAACAGACAUUGCGGUAUUUUUUCACCCGCCGCGGUAAGGACGUCACGGAGAUAAGCCGCAGCGAUCUGCUGAUAGUACUUAUCUACGUGCUCGCCCUAGAGACGGGCUUGACACCGAAGGGUGCCUCACUGCCGUCCGCCUUACGGUCGGAGAGACAACACUGCCACCGGUCGUUCGAUAAACGGCUCGUGCACCAUUUCGCCACCCGGCUGCCGAUGGACUGGUUCCGGAAUUCGGCUGGCCCUUACCGGUGCGAGCUGGAGUUGGUACACGAGAAAGCCACCAGGAGCAAUUUGAGCUGCGCGCUCGUUGCUUUCUGCAGCGGAGACAUGCUCGUGGUGAACCUGCUGCCACACUAUGGGCUGAAGGCAUCCCUUUCUACCACCAUACCUAUCAGCUAUCACGUACCGGCGGUCAAUGCGGACCGGCUUCCCUUUUGCUUCCAGUAUCUGGCGGGGCUUUCGGUGAAGGUAAAGAACGAACUGCUCGUACCGUUUCGGAACCAUAUGUACAGGUCCAUACUAACCAUCAGCCCAUCGCUGCAAGGCAUACCGGACGAGGUGCUGUUAAAGGUGAUGGCGCACUUGGAUAAUACCUCGAUAAAUCAGCUAAAGCGCGCCAUAACUCCGGUGCCUUAG